GUCAGUCACUGUCGUUGCCAGCGUGCUGUCGUGUUUUCCUCCCUCGUUUGAGCGGGACUAAACUUUUAGACGUGCUGUUGAUAAACCUUUCACGGUUAAUUUGUGCGGUACGAAUGAGCCUUCGUAAAUAUUGACGAAGAUUAAUUCUAUAACAGACUUGUAAGAAUUUGUGUUCUAUUGUGAUUAAAAAAAAUAAGGAAUAGCUUCUUUUAAAAAUAUGGUCAUGAUGCAAUCAUCGGGACACGACGGUGAGCACCCUUUGAGCCCCAUGUCAGGAUCAAAGUCACCGAAAUCCGAUGAUCAGGGUAUUGUGGUAACACGAGAAGCCAAAUAUCCGAGAUUUGAAACCAGCAAGACGGAUGCAAAAUAUCCCGAUAAAUCUGGACAUUUGCUGGGUAGAAGUGUGGAUAGUAGACCCUUUCAAUUGUCUUCUAUUGCCCACCUAACUUCACCUUCAAAUAACAAUCAGCAGAAACAAAUUGAUGCUAAUUAUACAGAAACCAUUAGUGAUGAUGAAAAUACGCGAAAACGCCAAAUACUGGAGCAGAGAUUGAGCCCAAUGGAUCCGUCGGAAGUGCAUCCGGGAAGUAGGUGUGUCCCCCAUGAGGAAUGUCUCAAGUAUGGUGGUGGUCACUUUGCAAGUAGCGGCGGUGGGCGCAGCUGUAGCGACCACCAUGUCAGGAAUGAUGGAUCACCCGAAGGAGAUACACAAUCAAUCAGCAAUUUAUCUGCCAUUAACACCCCCAAUCAAUAUCCCAUCAAAUAUGAACCACCGACGGGGGGUGAGCUUGAGGUAAGCCAGAUAAAAUUGGCCAGGACGAUGCUCAACAACGAUAUAUCCGAUUUUGGAUUUCGGAUACAGUUGGGUGGCCUACAUAAUAGCUACGCCCGCAGUGACACGAGUGAAGAAUUGGUGGUAGAUGGGAAUGACGAUAUGGAAUCUCAAGAUGGAGCGACGAUUUGUCCUGUGGAUUUAACACGUUCCAUGGAUUCAAAGGCAGUUUGCAUCACUGAUAAGGAUGUUCCACGAAAGCUUGCCUUCUCAGUGGAAAAUAUCCUUGACCCCAACAAGUUCACCGGAAAGAAAAGUCGCCCGGAAAUUGUAUCAAAAUAUUGGGGAUACGAUAAGGAUAAACUAAAAGAUUCAAUGGACAACGAUAUGGAUGAUUCACGUUCUGGAAAGGAUAUGAGUGAUAUGGACAAUGAAGAAAUAUGUGAUGAUGCCAUGGAGAGUGACACGGAAGAUCACAUCAGUGAGGAGGAUUCCAAGAAGGAUCCAUCAUCGCGUAAUGCGAAAGGCAAUUCCGACGGAAAAUCCCAAUCAAAUGGCACAAAACCAAGAAGGGCACGAACCGCCUUUACGUACGAACAACUUGUUUCGUUAGAAAACAAAUUCAAAACAACGAGAUACUUGUCUGUUUGCGAAAGACUCAAUUUAGCGCUAAGUCUCAGCCUUACGGAAACUCAAGUAAAAAUAUGGUUCCAAAAUCGACGGACGAAAUGGAAAAAGCAAAAUCCAGGAAUGGACGUGAAUAGCCCCACAAUUCCACCACCAAGUUCAGGCGGAUCAUUCGGACCAGGUUCCUACACGGGAAGCCUACUCUACCCACACGCAGUGCCAUACCCACCCUAUGGACCUUACUUUCAUCCACUGGGUGGCCAUCAUCUGACGCAUUCUCAUAACUAGAAGUCAGCUAUGUAUGGAAACACACAGAAUUUGUAUCAUAAAGUGCCAAUUUGUGCUUAGACCGACGGGAAAAUUUGACCGUAUUUUGCAGAGCAUAAAUCACACUCUAUGCAAAUCAUGUGCUUUGGUAUUUGUUUCAUUUGAAAGCAUUAAUUACCGAAAUUUUUUUCUUUUACCUUUUAUUUUAUAUUGAAUUGAGGUUUUAAUUUUUUGAUAAUCAAAAUCCCACCGUAGUUGCUCUACAAUUUUAGGGCUUAAAAUUUUAAUGAAAAAUGAGUGAUUUAUCUUUGUAGAAUGCGGUAAAGAAAUAGAAUCAUUUAAAACGAAAGUUGUAGAUAAUUUCAUUUUUUUUAAAGAUCUUUCAAUUAGGUAACUUAUCCUAUAAUGAUUUAGUUUUCCUUUUGUGAAAAUUCUUUUCCUUUGAGAACCAAGACGCAAUAUAAAUGAAGAGCAAAAUGUGGAUAUUCUGUACAAAAAAAAUGUUUUAAUACAAAACUUGUAAAUAGAGAGAUCAGUUUAAUACAAAGAAAUGUAAAUAGUAAUUAAAAUAUAAAUAAAAUAUUAAAAAACUAAA